AUGCAGCAAAAUUAAAGCAAUCAAGAAGAUGAUUAGCCUAAUAACAUCAUGGACAAUCUAGAAUUUUAAUCUGUUCUUGACAUUCAAAAUCUAAAUGAUGAUUAAUUUUAAGAGGAAAUACCAGAAUAAAACAAUCAAGUUUCGGAUAUGUACCGAUAAGAACGCCAUUUAAAUUUAAUUGCUCACUAAAUACAUAAAUAAAAUGAGUAACGACCAUAACCAGUUUUAGAGGGUGAAUUUUACAAAGUUAGUCCUCAUUUUUUGGAAACGAAUUCUACAUAUUAUUGCACUUUACAACCAAAAAGAUUUACCUAUUACAACAUCAAAAAUAAAGAUAAACCUUUAGGAAUUUUGGACUUUGAUUAUUAAAAAUACAUCUUUUCUUUUGUGAAAUCAAAGGAUGACCAAUACAUUCUGAGUUUCAUAUUACAGCCAGAAGGUUGUGAGAAGAAAUUCGAAUUUGUAGUUCCCACUAGAACCAGAGACUAGUCAAAAAAGUGGGUUCAAUUAAUUCAAUAAUACAUCUAGUAAUCAUGUGGGUGUUAAAAUAAUAUUGCAAGCAUGUCUAAAUAUCAUAGAUUUUGGAGACAUGAAAGAAUUUUGGACCCUCAAAUUUUAGAUUAAGCUUAAACAGGAGAUUUAUUGAUAUUUCGAACGAAAGGAACACUUUAAAAUUUGUAAAGAUCUAUCACUAGAAGUGAUUAUGAUCACAUGGUCAUGUUUCUUAAGAACUCUUGGGAAGAUCCAAUGCUCUUUGAGUCUAGCAAUCAAUAUGGAGUCAUCUCCUUUAGUUAUAAACGCUUUGUCAAAGCCAAAUCUUACAGAAAUUAUGAAAAGAUUCUUUACAAGCCUUUGCUGAACGUGUCUGAGAAUGACCGUAUCCUGAUGCAUGCCUAUGCGGAAGCCCAAAUUGGGAAAGGUUACUCUUUGAGUAUGAUGAAAUUCUUUAAGAAGAGCACAAGAAAAAACUUUUUUUGUUCAGAACUCAUUGCCUACAUCUAUCAACUGAUGGGAUUUAUACCAGAAGCAGAGAAGUGUUGUUCCUUCUUACCAGGUUAGUAUCAAAUUAUCACACUUAUAGGCAAUUUUACAGAUGAAGAUAAACGAUUAGAUUUACUUAAAAAUGCUUAGCUAGGACCUGACUAUAUUGUGGAUUUUUAUUAUCUAUAAUGA